CGUCAGAUUGUGCAGGGACAGUCAGCUGAUGGUUCUAAUCCCACCUGCUGUUGACUUCACGUUGACACAUUUGGGCAGCGUUUCGCUGAAAUACGGUCAGACAGCAUGGGGAGCGGGGACAGAAUAGUGCUGUUGUGUCUUUUUGUACACGCUACCUUCGUUUUGGCUUGUUGUUACAUCGACGUCGAAACCGGGCCUAGCACCGGCGUAUCGACACAGCAGAACGGAGAUCGGUUUAAAAUUGAGGGAAGAGCGAUAGUCCCGGGCGUGAGGACACAAGACUGGGUUUCUACAGCUCGAGUUCUAGUCGAAGGUGAAGAAUAUGUCGGCUUUUUGAGAACUGAUGGGAGUUUUUCUGUGAACGACAUCCCUUCUGGAUCUUACGUUGUAGAAGUCAUUACUCCUUCUUAUAGAUUUGAACCAGUACGUGUUGACAUCACUUCAAAGGGCAAAAUGAGAGCGCGGCUUGUUAACUACAUUAAAAUUUCAGAAGUAAUUCGCCAUCCGUAUCCUCUGCAAAUCCGAUCCAGCGGUCCCCACAGCUACUUCAUGAAGAGGGAAACCUGGGGCUGGACAGACUUCCUCAUGAACCCUAUGGUUAUGAUGAUGGUUCUUCCUCUGCUGAUCAUUGUUCUGUUACCAAAGGUGGUAAACACCAAUGACCCAGAGAUGAGAAAGGAAAUGGAGCAGUCCAUGAACAUGCUGAACCCCAACCCGGAGCUUCCAGAUGUCUCCGAGCUCAUGACCAAACUCUUCUCCGGCUCCAAGGGCUCUGGCAAACCUGGCAGCGGCAGUAAGGGCAGCAGGCCAGCUGUCAAGAGGAGGUAGUACACUGUGAGAGCGCCGGGGAGAAGCACCACUCGUGCAUUGGAAGAAAGAGUUUUAGCUGUCAGCGCUCCAUUGUAUAUAGAUGUCUGGAGUCCUAAUAAUAUAAUUAUAGACAGUAAGUAAAAUAACCAUUUUUUUAAUACUGCACUGGUAUAAAUAACUUACUCUUAAUACUUAAACGCUGUCUUACUCCAGUUGUUCUCCACUCUGUUCUCGUCUACAUGUCAUUGAUCUGCAGUCUUUUCUGUGCUAAAUCACCAGUGUGCAUUUUCCACUGCUGCUAAUUCUGCUACCUGAAAGACGACUGUACACAAAGGUUUUGUUUUUGAAUUGAAUUCAGUAUGACUGUGAAUGAUGAAUCAUUGAAUUUUAAGUCUGACAAAUUAUUUAAAAGCCUACAGAAAUAAAUUCAAUAUUGUAUAA